AUGUAUGUAAUUUUUUUUCUUCAUCCUUUUUCUUUUUUCUUUUCUUUAUCAUUUCCCCUUUUUUUAUCAUUUCCUCUUUUUCCUUUCCUCCUUUUCCUUUCCUGUUUUUCCUCCUUUUCCUUUCCUCCUUUUCCUCCUUUUCCUUUCCUGUUUUUCCUCCUUUUCCUUUCCUGUUUUUCCUCCUUUUCCUUUCCUCCUUUUUCCUUUCCUCCUUUUCCUUCCUUUCCUCCUUUUCCUUCCUUUCCUCCUUUCCUUCCUUUCCUCUUUUUCUUCCUUUCCUCCUUUCCUUCCUUUCCUCCUUUUUUCCUUUCCUCCUUUUCCUUUCCUCCUUUUCCUUUUUCUUCCUUUUCCUUUUUUUCCUUUCCUCUUUUUUUCCUUUCCUCUUUUUUUCCUUUCCUCUUUUUUUCCUUUCCUCUUUUUUUCCUUUCCUCUUUUUUUCCUUUCCUCUUUUUCUUCCUUUCCUCUUUUUCCUCCUUUCCUCUUUUUCCUCCUUUUCCUUUCCUCUUUCCUUUCCUCUUUUCCUCCUUUCCUCUUUUCCUCCUUUUCCUCUUUCCUCCUUUCUUCUUUUCCUCCUUUUCCUCCUUUCCUCCUUUUUCCUCCUUUUCCUCUUUUCCUCCUUUUUCCUCUUUUCCCCUUUUUCCUCUUUUUCCUCUUUUUCCUUUUUCCUCUUUUUUCCUUUCCUUUCCUUCCUUUCCCCUUUUUCCUCCUUUUCCUUUUUUAUUUUCAUUUUUCUUUUCUCUUUUUCCUUUCCCCCUUUCUUUUUCCUUUCUCCUCUUCUUUCUUUGCAAAUUAAAAAAAAAAAGUUAUUGUUUGCUCCUAUCUAUCUAUCUAUCUAUCUAUCUAUCUAUCAAUUUCUAUGUCAAGUCUGUGGAGUUUAUUAAUCUCUGUCGUCUUAAGGCUCAUGACUUUGAAGUGGUUAAAGUCAUUGGCAGAGGAGCCUUUGGGGAGGUCCAGCUGGUUCGGCACGUAACUUCAAGGAAAGUAUUUGCAAUGAAACUUCUCAGCAAGUAUGAAAUGAUUAAACGUUCAGAUUCAGCAUUCUUCUGGGAAGAAAGAGAAAUUAUGGCAAAUGCUAACAGUGAUUGGAUUGUGCAAUUGCACUAUGCAUUCCAAGACAACAGAUACUUAUAUAUGGUGAUGGAUUUUAUGCCUGGUGGAGAUCUGGUGAACUUGAUGAGCAAUUAUGAUGUACCAGAGAAGUGGGCCAAGUUUUAUUGUGCUGAAGUUGUCUUAGCCCUUGAUGCUAUCCAUUCCAUGGGAUUUGUUCACAGAGAUGUAAAACCUGACAAUAUGCUUCUUGAUGCUCAGGGACAUCUAAAACUUGCAGAUUUUGGAACUUGUAUGCGGAUGGAUGUGACAAAACCUUUGGUUUUUCUUUUUCUUUUCUAUUUUCCUCUUUUUCUUUUCUAUUUUCUUUCUUUAUUCUCUCAGCUUUUUGUUUUCAUUCUUUUUCUCGCUUUUUCAUUCUUUACAUUCUUUUUCUCUCUUUUUCAUUCUUUUUUCUUUUUCUCUCUUUUUCAUUCUUUUUCUCUCUUUUUCAUUCUUUUUCUCUCUUUUUCAUUCUUUUUCUCUCUUUUUCUCUCUUUUUCAUCCUUUUUCAUUCUUUUUCAUCCUUUUUCAUUCUUUUUCAUCCUUUUUCAUUCUUUUUCAUCCUUUUCAUUUUUUUCAUCCUUUUUCUCUCUUUUUCAUCCUUUUUCUCUCUUUUUCAUCCUUUUUCAUCCUUUUUCUCUCUUUUUUCUCUUUUUCAUUCUUUUUUCUCUCUUUUUUCUCUUUUUCAUUCUUUUUCAUUCUUUUUUCUCUCUUUUUUCUCUUUUUUCUCUUUUUCAUUCUUUUUUCUCUUUUUUCUCUUUUUCUUUUUUUCCUUUUUUCUUUUUUCAUCCUUUUUCUCUCUUUUUCAUCCUUUUUCAUCCUUUUUCUCUUUUUCAUCCUUUUUCUCUCUUUUUCAUCCUUUUUCAUUCUUUUUUCUCUCUUUUUUCUCUUUUUCAUUCUUUUUUCUCUCUUUUUCAUUCUUUUUUUUCUCUUUUUUCUCUUUUUCAUUCUUUUUUUUUUCUCUUUUUUUUUUUUUUUCUCUUUUUCUCUUUCCUUUUUUCUCCUCUCUUCUUUUCCUCUUCUAACUUUAUGGUACGAUCAGACACAGCUGUUGGAACACCUGAUUACAUCUCCCCUGAGGUACUUAAAUCCCAAGGUGGUGAUGGAUAUUAUGGUCGGGAAUGUGAUUGGUGGUCUGUUGGCGUUUUCUUGUAUGAAAUGUUAGUUGGUGAUACCCCAUUUUAUGCUGAUUCUCUCGUUGGUACCUACGGGAAAAUUAUGGAUCAUAAAAACUCGCUGCAAUUUCCUGAUGAUGCUGAAAUUUCUGCACAAGCUAAAAGUUUGAUAUGUGCCUUUCUUACUGACAGGACUGUGAGAUUAGGUAGAAAUGGAGUGGAAGAAAUUAAAAUGCAUGAAUUCUUUUUGAAUGAUCAGUGGGAUUGGGAUACCAUCAGACAGACUGUGCCGCCUGUUGUGCCAGAGCUUGCCUGUGAUGUGGACACAAGCAACUUUGAUGAGAUUGAAAAAGAUGAUGCUGUUCCAGAGACGUUCCAAGUACCGAAAGCUUUUGCAGGCAACCACUUACCAUUUGUUGGUUUUACAUAUAAUCGAGAUUUUCAUUAUGAUUCUUUAUUAUCAUCAAGUGGAAGUGCAGAGCCUAAUUCUCGAUCGAAACAGAUUGAGGAACAGCAACGGGCUGAUCGUCUGGUCAGAGAUGAACUGGAACAAAAAUAUACGCAAUCUAUGAAGGAAUUGGAUCGGUUAUCUGCAGAAGAAGCUGCUCUACGUAGAGAAAACCGUGCCUUGGAAAGAAAUAAUGGCCUGUUAAAACAUGAUUUGAAAGAGGCUUCCAGGAAGUAUGAAACAGAGGCAGAACUUCGUAAGAAGAAAGAAGAAGAAUAUGAAACCCUUGAAAAGCAACUACAGCAAGAGCAGGCUGACAGAUUGGCCUUGCAUAGUAACAGUACUCAAACAACAGACAAAAUAGCAAGUUUAGAACAAAAAGUGCAAGAAUAUGAAGAGAAAAUGCGUUUUGAUAGUGAAAAUGUAAAUAGAUUAAAGAAAACCUGUUCUGAAUUACAGCAAAGAUACAAUCAUGUUGACCAGAGCUACACAGAGCUGAACAGCAAAUAUUCAGAGGUCCAAGCCGCCAAAAUGUCACUUGAAAAAGAGAUUGCAAACUUGCAUAUUUUACUUAAUGAAGAAAGGGCAUCAAUUAACCAAAAGGUUUCGGAGCAGUCCUCAAAUCUUUUAGUGAAAAUUAACAACUUACAAAAUGAGAAUGAAAUGUUGAAGAAGAAAGAGACUGCAACUGAAGCAGAACUCCAAACUGUUCAAAAAACAAUAUUUCAAUUAGAAAAGGAUCGAGCUAACAUGGAACUUGAAAAAGAAACGUAUAUCAGAAAGUGGGAACAGGAAAUUGAAGCGCACAAGGCAACCAUGACUCAAUUUAAUGCCUGCCAGUCUAGUGUGUCUUCAACAUCUGAAGAGGCAAAUCUAGCAACUAUUAGAGAAUUACAAGCAAUGCUUGAGCAAGAACGUGUUACAAGACAAAUGGCAGAAAGUGACAAACUGCAGUUAGAGAAAGAAAAGAGUGAACUAUCUUUGGAUUUGUCUCAGAUGCAGCAGAAAAUUGAACAAAUGCAUCGGGAUAAUAAAACUGAAACGGAAAAGGUGAAAAACUUGAAUCUUCAAGUUGAGCAAGAAAUUCAGCGGCGUAAUUUGAUGCAGAGUGAUUUGAAAACACAGACUCAAGAACUCAACAAAGCCAAAGCCCGUGAAAAACAGUAUGAAAAAGAUCUCAGUGAGUUGCGAGAAGAGCGACAAAAAGUCGAAGAAGAAUUAAGAAAACUGAAAGAAGAAUCAUCUUUAGUUGAUCUCCAGAUGCGUGAACUUCAAGAUCAAUUUGAAGCAGAAUCAUACUUCUCAUCCUUAUACCGAGCACAAGUGAAGGAACUGAAGGAGGAGAUCAAAGAGCAUGUUAAAGAGAAUGAAGAUUUGUCUUCGGACGUGUCCACGUUAGAACAGGAUAAUGAGAAAUUGAACAAGAAUUUGAAAACGGCUAUGGCUUCUGUAGAGUCUGAGCAAAUUGCCCGUACGAUUGCUGAAGAAAACCUAACAGAUUUAGAAAAGGAGAAAACCAUGUUACAAUUAGAAAUCAAAGAACUGAAGAUCCGACACAAGGCUGAACUUAGCCGGAAAGAAUCUGUUAUAAGCUUAUUGGAAGAUUCGAAACGGGAAUACUGCAAGACAAAUGAACAGCUUCAGAACGAGAAAGAUGAAUUGAUUAACAAGAUGAAUAAGAUGGCCGAUGAAUUAAAGAAUGAGAAAACUGAAAACAAUAUCAGUGAAAUGAACCAACUCAGGAAACAUUUGGCUGAAGAGAAGAUGAAGAAAACCCAGGCUGUGAAUAAACUGGCUGAAGUAAUGAAUAGGAAAGAAUUUGCUGAAAAAGGCAAGAAAAUUAGUAGUUCUCAAUCAGCAGCUCUUAGGAAGCGAGAAAAAGAAUGUCGCAGAUUACAACAAGAACUCACAAUGGAACGUGAAAAAUAUAACAAAAUGGUAGAGAAAUUUCAGCGAGAUAUAUCCGACAUGGCCUCUGCCUUAUAUGAAGAAGGACAAAUUAAGGCUAAGCAACAACUGGAGUUAGACUCGAAGGACAGUGAGAUUGAACAACUACGACAGAAGUUGGCUUUGAUGAAUGCUGACUCCACAUCUGUGAACAGUGGCAGUGCCGAAGAGUUUGCACCUAGUGACGACAGCACUCCAGACAACCUCUUGGAUGGUUGGCUUGCUAUCCCAAAUAAGUCUAAUUCUGCAAAAAAGCUGAGUUGGAGAAAACAGUUUGUGGUGGUUAGCAGCCGUAAAAUUCUCUUCUACAACUCGGCAAAUGACAAGAUGAAUUCAGAUCCUGUUAUGGUUCUGGAUAUUGACAAAUUAUUCCAUGUUCGUCCAGUCACUCAAGGAGAUGUUUAUCGAGCUGAUGCAAAGGAUAUUCCAAGGAUAUUUCAGAUCCUCUAUGCAACAGAAGGUGAAAACAGAAAACCUGAAGGAGAUUCACAAGAAGCUCAGGAUCGAGCCGGUAUUAUUACUCAUAAAGGACAUGACUUAUUUCCAAUUCACUACCGGAUUCCAACAACUUGUGAUUCUUGUAAUAAACCUGUCUGGCAUGUGUUACAUCCGCCACCUGCUUUAGAGUGUAAACGUUGCCAUAUGAAAGUACACAGAGAACAUUAUGAUAAAAAUGAAGAAUUUAUGGCUUAUUGUAAAGUUAACUUUGAUAUCCAAGCCAAAGAAUUGUUGCUUCUGGCAGAAUCUUCAGAAAUGCAGAAACUCUGGGUUCAGCACCUGGGUAAAAAGAUUCCUAAGAAAGGAAUAAGUUCUAAUAUCAGUUCUAGUGGAUUACCUGCCCGUGGUUUAAAACAGUAUUCUUCAUAUGGUCCUCAGGCUCGUCACUCAUCAGGAGGCAAGGCAGCAACGCUCCCACCAAAUGCACGACCCUGA